CAGCUCGGAUAUCCCGCUCUGUGCCCGCCGGAGCAGCUGCGGGUAUCCCGCUCUCUGUGCCCGCCGGAGCAGCUCCGGGAUCCUGCUUUGUGCCCGCCGGAGCAGCUCCGGGAUCCCGCUCUCUGUGCCCGCCGAAGCAGCUGCGGGAUCCCGCUCUGUGCCCACCGGAGCAGCCCUUCCCCGGGUUUCGGAGGCCGUGACCCCGUCUGUGCAAGGUAAAAUAUCAAGAGASCAUGGCUCACCUGGGUGAACGCAGAUGGACUCACGUGUUCCCUUUCCUGGUGGUGUCCCUGGUGUACUCUGCCAGUGCCGAAUAUUCCAACUGCGGUGAGAACGAGUACUACAACCAGACCACGGGCAUGUGCCAGGACUGCCCCAAGUGCGAGCCGGGUGAAGAGCCUUACAUGACAUGUGGAUAUGGCACCAAAGAUGAGGACUACGGCUGCGUCCCCUGCCCUUCAGAGAAGUUUUCCAAAGGAGGUUAUCAGAUAUGCAGACGGCACAAGGACUGCGAGGGGUUCUUUCGAGCCACGGUCAUGACCCCUGGGGAUCAGGAGAACGAUGCAGAGUGUGGUCCUUGUCUCCCAGGUUACUACAUGCUGGAAAACAGACCUCGGAACAUCUACGGGAUGGUUUGCUACUCGUGCUUGCUGGCACCUCCCAACACCAAGGAAUGUGCAGGGGCUAACUCUGGCAUUUCAGCCAUUUUCCCAAGUACCUCUGGCACAAGCACUUUCUCACCUUACCAGCAUGCUCACAAAGCAGAUCUUUCAGGACAAGGACAUCUGGCUACAGCUCUUAUAAUUGCCAUGUCUACCAUUUUCAUCAUGGCUAUUGCCAUUGUCCUCAUCAUCAUGUUUUACAUUGUGAAAACAAAACCUUCUGCCCAAGCCUGUUGCAAGAGCCACUCAGUAAAAAAUGUUGAAGCUCAGGCUAACACACAAGAAGAGAAGAAAGAAGUGCAAGAAAAUGUUGUGAUAUUCUCUGAGAAAGAAGAGUUUGAAAAACUUACAGCAACUCCAGCUAAGGCUGUCAAAAGUGAGAAUGAUGCAUCUUCUGAGAAUGAACGACUUCUAAGCCGGAGUAUGGAUAGUGAUGAAGAAGCUGCAGUGGACAAGCAAGGGACUCCAGAGAGAUGCUUGUUAUCAUUAGUGCAUUUGGCCAGAGAUAAAUCUUCUACAAGCAAUAAAUCAACUGGGAUUCAAAGUCGAAGGAAAAAGAUACUCGAYGUGUAUGCUAACGUGUGCGAUGUUGCAGAAGGUCUGAGCCCUACGGAGCUGCCCUUUGACUGCCUGGAGAAGACCAGCCGCAUGCUCAGCUCGACGUACAACACAGAGAAAGCCAUCGUGAAAACGUGGCGUCACCUGGCCGAGAGCUUUGGGCUGAAGAGGGAUGAGAUUGGUGGCAUGACAGAUGGCAUGCAGCUGUUUGACCGCAUCAGCACGGCAGGCUACAGCAUCCCAGAACUGCUCACCAAACUGGUGCAAAUUGAGAGAUUGGAUGCUGUUGAGUCCUUGUGUGCAGAUAUUCUGGAGUGGGCACAAGCGAUGCCGGCUCCUGAACCAGCAGGGACAUCCUGACAUGCYUGCCUGGGGCCUGUACUUCCACAUCCGCCCAAAGAAGUGUGAUUCCAGUAAGCACUGCAUCAAAGACUUUGGACCAAAGACCACUGAUGAUCCUUCUAUAAUUGCUCACGAUAACCAAUGAGAAGUUCUUCUCUUUGACUUCUAAAAGUGAAGUUACACAUCGACCGAAACAAGAGCAGAAAUGUCCCAAGAAGCUUGGCAUGARACAUGUCAUUGAACAAAAUGAUCAUGUGAAACAGUUACUGAUAGUGAGUGGRCACACAAACAUCCGUUUUGCGGUCUGUGUAUCAGUAGAAGGGCAAAGAGCCCUGCCAACACCCUUCCUGCCUGACCUUCAAGAAAGGCAUUGAGUAAAUGAAAAUAUUCCUGUCUCUUAGGGCUUCAUUCAACGGCUCAAUGGUUUAAGAGUUACARUCAGAAGCAGUACCACAGCUACAGUAUCAGUUAAUACACAUCAGGCACUAGAUUUCUUUACAGACACUUAAGAUGCAGAGGAAAAAUGCUAUACUCUGGUAAGCCUAGACCAUGAGUACAGAAUGCACCAGUGACAUCAAACUCAUCUAGAAGGUAAACCAUUAUUGUGAGUUUUUGAAGUACAAAAACUGACUUAAAUUUGUUUUUCUUUUCACUAAUGUCUGAUUUUCACAGUUUAAAUUKCUCUAAAAUUCAUUCAGACCGCAAGUCAGUAUCGGUUACCAAACCUAUUUGCCUAAUUUAUAGCUAMAAUAGUGAUGACGGAUUUCACCAAGUGCGACCACUAAAUUAAGAGACACGUCAAUUACAAAGCAAUACUACUUGAAUUCCUAAAUGCAUGAGUGAAMAAAAUGCUAUUAAAAAUAUUAACUAUUACCCAGAAUUUAACAACCAGUAUUCCAUCACUUAGUAACUAGAUCUUAKCUACAAUAGUAUCAUAAUUGUGCAAAGCAUUUAGUGUCACCCUUUAACAUCUAUAUUUAGUACCUUUUCAGCACUUGAUUUGUAUAUCAGAGAAAAUACAUACUGGAACAUAAAACCUUAUCCUUCUCAUUUUUUUUCCACCCUCUCUUUUACAUCGUAUCAUACUCAUUAAUCUGCAUAUGCCAAAUUUAAUGAAAUUUUAACUCUUCUUUCAAUGMUGCAGCAAGCUGGAUUUAUUUGAAAUUUAACCAGCUGACUGAUAUUGAAUUUAGGGGUGAAAGUUUUUACAGAUUUCAACAGGCUUCAAUAAUAUUUCCAGAUCUGCUUACAGCUCAGCAAUCUUCAACACCAUUUUCAAGACCGUGAAUUUUCAGUUUUUACUAUUGCCACUAGAAUUUUAAAAAAGGGAAAGAAAGAAAGAAAAAAAAAAUAAAGCAUCAAGAUUCUAUUUUUCUUAUGCCAGUGUGUAAUGACAGUGUUAUUCAGUGGACUGCCUCCUAUGUUUUAUGUGCCAUUUAAAACUGCACAUCACUUAUUUGUUAAAAAGAGGAUAAAGAAGGUACAGGAGUCUUUUUUAUGUAUUGGGCCAUGAAAAGUUAGGGUUUUGAAACUGAUGGUGCCAAUGCAAACACAGACUAUUUAACAUUAUUUUAUUUAGUAUACAGUAUUUUUAUUGUUACACAAAAGAUGUGCAGGAUUGAAAGAAGAAUCCUGUAGGUCUUGCCAAAGCUUACUUUUUAAUAACUGUGUUUAAUGCUGUAUAUAUAACUUAUUAUAUUGUAAAGUAUGAACAUAAAAUAUGCUAAUAAAUGAAAGAGGUUGAACACAGUUGUAUUAGCCAUUUCUUUGAUUAAAURGCAUAUUACCUUAUAAAUCUGUAAUUAAAUGGGUUAGCCAAGGGCUGGCAGGCACAUUCCUGUGGUAUGGGAGU